AUGGCGAAACCGCCCGCGCGCUCGAGCGCGUCAAAGAAAUCGACGAAAUCCACAACCAAAAACGCUUCGGCGGCGGCGGCGGCGACGGCUGGCGCGAACGAUGCCUCGCGCGUGGACGUCGAUCAAGUGCGCAAGGCGAUCGAAGCACUGGCGACGCACAUAGAGAAGGUUGCGAGCGAAAAACCCCAGAGCGCUCUGUUCGAAGACGAGGCCGAGACGUUCAGCGCGCUCAUCUCGCUGCGAAGGACACCCAAGGAGGCGACGAGCGCGCGACUGGUGCCGGUGCCGAUUCCGCACCCGUUGCUCGAUCUCGCCAGCGCGGAGUUGUGCUUGAUCGUGAAGGAUCAUCAGGGCGAAGGACAUAAGGAGGCGAAGAAGCGCGUGGCGGAGAUGGCCAAGUGCGGGGUUGCAAAAGUGUUGGGGAUAUCCAAGUUGAAGGCAAACUACAAGGCGCACGAGCAAAAGCGCAAGCUGUGCGACUCGUACGACAUGUUCUUAGCCGAUGAUCGCGUGUUGCCUCUGUUGCCCAAGUUACUGGGUAAGAAUUUCUUCAAAAAGAAGAAGCAGCCGGUGGCGGUCGAUUUAACUAAAAAGGAUUGGGUGGCUCAGAUUCAGCGCGCUGUCGGCGCGACGUACUUGCACGUCUCCGGAGGCACGUGCGUCAACGUCAAAGUCGGCAAGAGCACGAUGGAAGUGGACGAAAUCGUAGAAAACACCAUGGCGGCGAUCGAAGGAGCGGUAAGCAAGAUUCCGCGAAGGUGGGGGAACAUCCAGAGCAUCUACAUCAAGACGCCAGAUUCCGUGGCGUUACCCGUGUACGUCGCGCCGCCGGAGUGA